GGGAAAGCUCGCUGAGGAGAAGACUGAAUGGGUGUCUUCUCGACUGAAACAGAACGACGGUAAGCUCCACAGAAAAUAGUCCCGACCGUCCGUCCUGACAUGUCCCCAGAUCGCAUCCAACGAGUUCUUGCUCAUAGAGGCAGGAAACACGACCUGGAGGAAGAGAAUCCUUAUACACAUCGUAACAAACGUUCGCGGAACGAAGACAUUGUUGCGGUUAUCUCAAACAAUGCUGCGCUACAGUACUCCCUUAUCAAUCCCCUGGAGGUUGAUCCUCUUGGACUGCCCUUUUUCGACGACACUCCGGGCCGCAAUUUGAACUCAACAUGUUCGGAUGAACAUCCACAAUCGCAGGAGCACAUUGUGCAAAAUUACGCACAAGUGGACCCUCUUGGACGACCACACUUUGGGACUUCUAUACCGCAGAAUACCCCUCCAUUAGGGCUCCUAAGCAGUCCUCCUGCUAUUCCAUCUGAUCAGCUAGAUGCAGAAGUAGCGAGCUUUCUUGCCAACUUGAGAGAAAAUGGCGACAGUACAAGCAACGGGACUGGAAACACAGUGGCGUGCAUGGUCUAGAAUUCCGGUCGUGAAUUGUUCCUUUUUUGAAGCGCGGCAAUGACGAUAUCCCAAUCUUCCCCAAUUAACAACUGUGGUUCUUUGAUGCAGUACGCGUUGCCCUGUAAAAGUGCUUCACCAGAGGCGAAGCUUAUUGUUCCAUUGACUGGGAUAAGAAGCGCAAAAUCGGUAGGAGUA